CAAUCGUUGUGCUUCGUUAAAUAAAUUUGUUUUACAAUUUGAGUGAACGUUAAAGAAUAAAAAUAGAUGAGAAAAUUAGACACGCAAGAGGCCUGGGGUGCCGAAAGGUUAGAAGCGCAAUUAGAAGCUGCCCGGGAUGGUCUUCGAGGGCUCGACCGAAGUAUUCGGAAAAUCUUGGGCCGGGAUCUUCCUGAUGGAGAAAACGGCCCACUACAACCACCACCCAGAUUAUCACAAAAGAGACCACUGCAAGAGGAUAGACGACGUGUUGUAUCAGACUUUGUCAAUAAUGAACUACCUGGUGGAAAAAGGAGAUGGCAGGGUUCUAAUGGAGAACCAAAAACAGUUUUCAGUCGUUUAAGUGCACGUGUACCUUCGAAUAAUGAUGAUAGUGCUGAUGAAGAUGAUAAUGUGAUUAAGCCAGCUGUGUCUUCAAGAGUAAUAGCAACUCCAAGGGAAAUUCCAUCUAGACAAGAAGUUAUUAGACGCGAGAGAAUAGAUGAACGCAGCCGGCAAAGGAAUAAACGAAUGUUUGGCGCUCUUUUAGGUACAUUACAAAAAUUUCGGCAAGAGGAAACUAAAUUGAAAGCAAAGGAAGAUAAAAAGGCAGAAGUAGAGGCAAGAGUAGAAGAGGCUAGAAGAAGAGAAAAGGAGGAAUUACGACGAGAAAGGCAGCAACUGUUUUUGUCACGCAAACGGCAAGUAGCGGAAGUGCGAGCAUUAGAGGCAAAGUUGGCGCGCAGUCGGCAAUUUCAAGACUGGCGCGCUGCACAAUUGCCGCUUGCAUCGUUUAUAAAAACGCGUGCCCACCCUCCUAUUUAUUAUGCACCAAAGCGUAAACAUCCACAAACUGACAUUUUGUUGACUCAAUCUUCGAAAGAGCUUCAUGAGGAAAUUGAAAGAAGAGAGAAGGCACUGAUCGAAGAAUUGGAGCUAAUAGAAGUACAAGUAGGACUUGGUAAGCAUCAACAGAACUUUGAUGGGACCGCGACAAUAAAUCCCACAACGGAAGUACAACAGUCGACGGAAGAGGGUGAAGAGAAUCGUGAUCCAAAUCCAGAAAAAACCGUGGAAACGGAAAAUAACGAAACAGUCGAUGUUUCGGUAAAAUCCGAGAAGGAUGAAAAUUAUGAUAAUACGACGAACGAUGUUGAAAAGAAGGACGAAGUACAAGUAGAAGAAGCAAAGGACGAAAAUAAUGGCUAG